AUGAUUAGAAAACCUGUUUUGUUUACAGACAGUAUCUUUUCAUCACCUUUCGUGAUUCAGCAUCAGAAUGUCGUUACCAGUAAAUAUCAAUAUCAAACCCCUCGAUCAUUAAAUAGUUCACAACUAAGUCACGGAAGUAUUGGAUCAUCCAAAUUUCAUGUCAAUCUUGAUAAAGUGCGAACAAUCUCGGAGGCUAAUGAAAAGCGUAAAUCUUCCGUUAAACGAUGGAGAAUUAUAGGAUUGACCAUUUGUAUGAUCAUCUGUCUGUGUCUGAUUGGCGUAGCUAUCGCUCUACCAUUUAUACUUAAAUCUCAAGCGACAACAACAACAACAACAACAACAACAACAACGACAACAUCAACCACAACGACCACCACUGCAUCAACGACGACAACAACCACCACUACGUCAACAACAUCGACGACCACCACUACAACAACAACGACAACCACCACCACUGCAACAACAACGACAACCACUACCACUCAAACAACGACGUCUUCUACCACGUCUACGAGUACUACUACCACAAGCGCAGCCACAACGGCACCUGCUACUACGGCGAGUUCAGGCUCGUGCUUCUAUGGUAACGAUAGGGUAAACUUAGUUGCUGGCGGUCAACGUUUCAUCAAAGAUUUAAAAGUUGGUGAUCAAAUUUGGUCAAUGACACCCAGUGGAAAGAGCUUGAUCAAAGAUGAAAUCGUAAUGAUGAUGCAUAAUGGACCAAAUCAAGCAGCUCUAUUUUAUACAUUUCAAACAACAAACGGAUUAGAAGUUAGUUUAACUGGUGCACACUAUAUUCCCGUUCUUAUGGAUGAACUUAACAAAACUGAACAUAUUCCAGCAUCAAAAGUUACUUUAAAGCACCAGUUAAUCUUACUUGGGAAAACUAUUCCGAUCAAAUCCAUAAGAACAACAAUUCGCUAUGGUUUUUAUUCUCCACUAUCUUUAUCAAGUUAUUUAUUCGUCAACAAUAUAACCACAUUAGUUUUUUCUGCCAGUCAUCAUGCAUCACCACAGACACUUCAUCACAUCUUUGCACCAAUUCGAGUUUACUAUCGUAUCACACGAACAAUCUAUGGAAGCAACUACGAUCCAUUUCCAACAGCCAUCAAAGAUGGUUUACAUCCCGUGCCAAGAUUUCUUAAGAAAUUCCAUCUACUUGUUCGAAUUAUUUAUUUUGGACCUAAAUAUUUUGACAUAAUCAUCGUUCCUAUUCUAAUAUUUCGUGUUUUCAAGAAAAAAUAA